UUAAAUCUUCAAUUGAUUACUUUGAUCUUCAAAUUCCUAUUAAACAAUCUUAAAACCUCAAGAUUUUCGCAAAUAAUAUCAACAUUAAAUCUUCAAUUGAAAAGUUACUAAGUGGUACUAUAUCAUAUCCUUGUUCCUAAUAAUCUUGCUUAAUUAUAGCAAGUACAGCCACAUCACUGCCAAUUUUUGAAAAUUUGUCACAUAAACUUCGCUUCACUUUAGCAAUUGGAAAACAAUUGGGGAUGACGAUGCUUAGAGCACCAUACGUAAUAAGAAUAUGGGGAUAGUAUUUUUGUAUGGUCUGAAAUUUGAUGUGUUUCAGACAACUAUGGGUCACAAUAUAAACAAAUAAUUUUGUCUAGAUUUGUAAAUUAUUAAUAAGAAUUGAAUAUGACUCGACUUCAUGAUUGACUAUUCCCUUAACCAUCAACUCAUCUGCGGUGGAGGGGUCAUAAACCACUUGGUCCCAAUAAUUCGAGUUGUUGGGAGAAGGUUAUGUUGGAUCUUAUACCACACUCUAACACGACCACUUGGCCAAACCAGCUCCGAUACCAUGUCAUAAACCACCUGGUCCCAAUAACUCGAGUUGUUGGGAGAAGGUUAUGCUGGAUUUUAUACCACACUCUAACAGUAGGUGACAUAUGUCUCGUGUCAUCAACACCCAAUGUGUUUGACCAUUAAAGAUGAACAAUUAUUCUUCUGUUCAUACCAAAUUUUCCUUUUGGUAAUGCAAAAUUUUAGAUACUAUUCUGAUUGUACUACUUAGGAUCAUAACUUUAAUGAAUGUCAAAGACAAUAUCAUCCCUAAGGAUAACUAUGUAAAUCGUAAUAUGUCACUUAUGCUUUUAGGAGCUCAUUGUGCUCAACUACGAUCCACAGACAGUGGUAACCUCCCGUGACUAAAAUGGGAAGCCAUUAGUAACAAACAAAAAACUCAUUAACAACGACAUUGCAAGUCACGACAAAACCUUCAUUCAACGACAAAACCUCACAAAAAACGAUGUUUAUUAGCAUCUCGUUCGUUUAAAGCUUAAACCACACUCCUCACCUAACCAUAUAUUGAAUCUCUUCCCUUCCUUUGACUCUUUGAUCCAAUAGCCGUACAGACACAUGCAAGCUAGCUUCUAACAAAUCAGCCAAAGACUGUUGACUCACUGAUUGUGAAUCUAAACUGUUUACAUAUGUGAUCGAACGGUCCGCAUAAUUUUUUUUUUUUAAAAUUCGCUUAUUUCAAAUAUUGCAUCCAUCUAAUAGACGAAAGAUUACAGGAAAAAAAUCUAUAUUUGCUAAAUAUCGGUUGGUCUGAUGAAAAAUCGACUAUCAGAAGUCAUAAGUCAUGCAAAUACAUAGGAUUUUAUCGAAAUAAAAUGAUUAAAGUUCGUUGAAGUUGAAAAUCGAGACAAAAUUUAGCCAUUAGCAUAUUGAGGCGCACUCACACCGUUGAAACUUUCCACAUUCCCUAUGGUUACACGUAGCUAUCACAAUGAAGUAUUGAGCCCAAUUGUUUGACAAUUUUUAUUAAGGACGGCGUUGAAAUUCAAAUGCAAAAAGACAAAACAGUUCAUUUUCUUUCUCCCCUUUUCGUUGCACCUUUAAACUAAUCCACGAGAAUAGUCAGAAGGAUUAUAUAUACAUGUACUGCUAAUCACAUUCACUCUGCCUGAUCUAGCUAACUGGUUUGUCGUUCCAAACACCUUGGAAUAACAAACAGAGAACUCUUCUGCACACACAGAAGAGAUCAGACUCUGCAAAUAUGAGUUUCAGAGAAGGAGGAGGAGCGAAUGGAAUUGGUGGGUCAAGGAAAGUGGCCGCCAUGGAAAUGGAGCUCGAGGAAGCUGCGCCGGUCUUGGAUUCAGGGGAGAAGCGGCUCAACGAGCUUGGAUACAAGCAGGAGCUCAGAAGGGAAAUGACGUUCUUGAAGAUACUCGGGAUAACGUUUUCGAGCAUGGCGGUGUUCGUAGGGACGCCACUGUAUGGGCCGAGCCUGAGAUACGCUGGGCCGGCGAGCCUGAUAUGGGGCUGGCCCAUCGUCGUCUUCUUCACUUGGUUCGUCGGCGUCGCCAUGUCUGAAAUCUGCUCUUCUUUCCCUACCACGGGGUCACUCUACUUCUGGGCCGCUCACUUGGCUGGGCCGAGAUGGGGCCCAUUCGCAUCCUGGUGCUGCGCCUGGCUCGAGACCAUCGGCCUUGUUUCUGGAGUUGGUGCUCAGGCGUAUUCGGCAUCUCAAUCGCUACAAAUGAUCAUUCUGCUGGCCACGGGGACCAACACCGGAGGGGGCUACUACGCGUCGAGAGGGGUAUUUUUGUCAAUGUACAUCGGGUUCACUCUCAUUUGGGCAACCCUCAACACCUUUGCACUUGAAGUCAUUGCUUUCUUUGGCAUCAUCUCCAUGUGGUGGCAGGUAAUUGGAGGUUUGGUCGUGAUAAUAAUGCUGCCGCUAGUCGCACAGCAAACCCAACCGGCUUCAUUCGUCUUCACCCACUUCCAAACAUCCCCUGAAUCCACCGGCAUCGCCAGCAGGCCUUACGCCGUCAUAAUGUCCGUCUUGUUGAGCAACUACUGCCUCUACGGCUACGACUCGGCGGCCCAUUUGACCGAGGAGACCAAAGGGGCCGACAGAACUGGGCCUUUCGCCAUCCUGUCCAGCAUCGGCAUCAUCUCCGUCUUCGGAUGGGCCUACAACUUGGCCCUCACUUUCAGCAUCAAGGAUUUCGACUAUCUCUACGACGAGAACAACGAGACCGGCGGCGCUCUCGUCCCGGCGCAGAUCAUCUACGACGCGUUCUACGGGAGGUACCAUAACUCCGCCGGAGCCGUGGUUUUCCUCUGCAUUAUUUGGGGGUCCUUCUUCUUCUGUGGGCUCGCCGUCACAACUAGUGCUGCCCGUGUGAUAUAUGCACUAUCAAGAGACAACGGCAUCCCAUUCUCACCGAUAUGGAGAAAGCUGCACCCAAAGUCCAAAGUCCCGGUGAACGCGGUGUGGCUGUGUGCAGCCAUCAGCAUCAUCUUAGGGCUCCCGAUCCUGAAGAUGGACGUCGUCUUCACCGCCAUACUUUCGAUCAGCACGGUUGGAUGGGUGGGAGGGUAUGCAGUGCCCAUAUUCGCCAGGCUGGUGAUGGAAGAGCAAAAUUUCAAGCCGGGACCGUUCUACUUGGGCAGAGCCAGGAGGCCGAUAUGCUUGGUGGCUUUCUUGUGGAUCGGCUAUACUUGUUCGGCCUUCCUGUUGCCGACGAGUUACCCUAUAAAACUGAAGACCUUCAACUACGCGCCGGUUGCGCUUGCGGUGUGCAUGGGAUUGGUGAUGUUGUGGUGGGUUUUGGAUGCUAGGAAAUGGUUCAAGGGCCCUGUUAGAAAUAUCGAGGUGGACAGUUCAAGUCAGCAUUGUUGACAUAUGGAGUAACUGAGAAAUGUACUUGUAUUGUCUCUCUUCUCAGAAAUUCAGCAACCAAGGUUCCCAAUUCUCUAUAACCAGUACUUUUUACGAACCACAAAUGAACUUCUGAAUCGUCUUUCCAAGUAGUCUGACCCAACGAUGUUAUAACCUGCUGAUUCGAACAUAAACUUGCCAUGUCCAAAAAGCAUCCAAUGUAAAGCAAGGAAGUCCUAAACCACCUGCAAUUACACCUUCUGAAUGCAAACGCAUCACUACUGCUUCACUCAUUUCCAUACCAACCAUAACAAGAGCUUUCAUUCAGCAGUUCACAAACACAAUACAAACACCCAUCAUCCAGAUCACCCCACAAUCCACGAACUCUACAAAUCCUGCUCCGUUCUGAACCGAUCUUAAAAAUCAAACCCAAUUCUCGUCUCCUCUGUUCAUUCAUCUCAAACAGGCAAUUUCAUGAUCUUAGCUAUAUAGCUUAAUUCAAACACACGGCCUUCCCCAUUACCAUUCGAUAGACCACUGGCAACCUUGAAAACCCUAACCUUGAUAUCCUUCUCCUUUAAAAACCCAUCUGAUACCCCUUUCUCCUCGACUGAAACCGCGUCGUGGGGAAGAACCCACUUCCUCCAUGCUGAGCAAAACUCGUCAGACCACAGACGAGGCAAAAACUCUUCGACUUUGACAUCAUUCUGGAGCUUUGAAGCUUCCAAUUUCGAGCGAUCAUGAUGCGGAUUCGGAGUAAGGAUCCGUCUGAGGAGAUCGAUAUUCUUGGGGAGGGAAGAGGGACCUUGUGAUGACGGGAAUUUGACUAAUUGAGUAAAGGCAGGGCAACGAACGGUAGCAGGGAAUGAUUUCGUCGCCAUCGUAGGGAAAAGAACAAGCAACGGAAGGUAAAGCUUCGAUCUUUCCAAAUUAUACGAAGUCGUUUGAUGAGUUCGUCGUGGACUCAUGGCCUCGUAUAAAUUGCAUAAACGAUGUCGUUCUGUUUGGUUAGAAAAGUUGAAGUCCGCUCUCCUCUGCCUUCCCCAGAGUGGAAGAGAGCCGAGUCAGUCCAUGUAAUCAGUCGACGCUGAGAAGCGAGAAAUUUUGGCAAGGCGGAGCUAGAUUGGAAUAAGGUACGAGUUUCACCGUAAUUAUUCCGAUGUGAAUAUAUGUUUUCUGUUUGCUUCCCGGGAAAAUGAUGGGCGAAACUGAAAUGGGUAAUUCGAGUUUUGUAUGUUGAUUUAUGGCGAGGAAGUUUUUGGGCUCGUACACGAUGAUCUUAGAUCUCGCUCUCGAUCAAUUGGAUUUUCGAGCGGGGCAGAGUGUUAUUGAUUCUCCGCCGAGUUAUUACCUUGCGGCGAUUUGUUGGAAUCUGCUGAGAACGUGAAUGUUGGUGUUGCGAAGUCAGAGAUCUGCUUUGAUAUUUCGAGAUCAUUCGUUUGUUUGUCUGUAAUUGAUGGUUUUUUUGUUUUCGGAUGGAAUUUGAAGGCAAGACAUGGCGGCAGGAGCUGGAAGUUCGAUGCUUUACUCGCUUCUUCUGUUCUUGGUCAUUCUGUCACUUCAAGAGAUGUACCGCGGGAAGCUGGCGUCUACUAAGUUGUUCACCAUUCUGGGAGGAUUUACUAGCUCUCUCCUUUUCCUUGUGCUCUUAACUGUGAGUUAAUUUCACCUUGUUCAUGGGCAUCCUUCUCAUUUGCGAAAAUAUGGAUGUGCUUGGGAUUUGGAAAUUUACAUGUUUCUAUCACCUUACCUUGUGAUGGUUGAUUUUUCAUUGUAGUAUAGGAUCAGUGUUCCUAAGGAAUAACGUCGUGAAACUAUAGCCUUACAUGCUCUAUCCUCUCCCACACCUUCAAACCCCCAUUAUUUAUUACUUGAAUGAUGUGAUCCUGAUGAAGAAAUGUUAGUUUUCCCAGCUGGUGCAUUCUGCUUCAACAAGUAUCUCUUACUUUGCUAAAUAUUAGUUGAGAUUGAUGAAGCAGCAUAACAUCUUCUUAUAAGUUUUUCUGUCAGCUGAACAAGUUCCGAUGUGAUGCUGUGCAUCUCAAUUCUGUUUCGCGCAGUUCAUUGGUAAUUUCCAGGAAUCAAAUGGCAUGAAGACCGGGUGGGGUGCUGGUGAGUGCUUUUAGUUAUCUUUUAUUGGAUUCUUCUCCCGAAGCAGAAUGUUUAUUGCAUAUGGUGUAGCUUCAUGAUGCCUGGUAGUCAUUUAAGUGAAUCUUCCUUAAGCCUGGCCACAAAUGCUGCAUAUAUACCGAGUUCCCUUCAGUUAUAAACUUCAAUAAGUUUUGAGCCUUCAUUUAUCUCAUCAGCACGAUUUCGGACUAACAGUUUCUCUCUGAACAGUUGUAUUGGCUGAAGUCGUUGCUCUAAUUGCUGCUGGAACUGUCCAUCGGGUUUGCAUAACAACUUGGUAAUGUUUUGACACUACAAGUCAUCCCAUUCUACUUUUUCGUGUCUGUUGUAAUAUGUUUGUUUGGGGAAAACAUCGUCCGCAAGAGAAUUCUUGACCCUAUUAUGUUUUGAGUAGAAUGUGUUCUAGGUUUCUACUUCUUGCCUUGGUUCACAUGUAUUACUUGGCAGUAAUUUAAUGGGGUUUUCUUUCUGAUGUAACAGUAUAUAUGUGUUCAUAUUCGUUAGGCAUGUAGUUAUGCUAUUACCUGUUACGCAAUGGAAGGCACAAUGCUUGUUGGCCAAAUGGAUCAAAACUUACUUGUACAUUGUUGUGCAGAAACUUAAAAUUUUGUUUUGUCAUUGGCUCUCAUUGGAAGAUAGUUAUAUUGCAUUAUUAGUAUUGAGGCUGAUUCUUUUGCUACCAUCUGCUGGCAGUUUCUUGUUCUCGGCUGGGUUACUCUAUGAGGUCAACAAGCUUUCUGGGAUCGCUCAAUCUAAAGUUGAAUCCAAAACAAGGAGACAUUGAUGUCAUACCGCUCUUAGCAACUUAUUUAUAAACCGAUCCGGAAAUGUGAGGUUGCACCAUUUCGAUAUCCUUUCUGAAGCAGCACAAGAGAUGCAUUCAUUGGCAUGCAGACUCCCGGAUAUAGGCCAUCUAAUAGGGUAACUAGAAGAUGUUAACAGUAUUCGAGCUUUCCUGUUGCUUUGCUCGAAUAGAGAACUUGGUAUGAAGCUUUCUGUUUUGAUCCCUCUGCCUCUUCGACGAUGUAGAACUGUCUAUUUAUAUGAAAUAGCAUGAAGCCGUUUUCAGGACUGGCAUCAUAAUUUCCACCAUUAAUUCUAGACAGUGAAAGAUUAUGUGAGCAAGUUGCUUCAAGAAUGAAGAUGCAAGGAUGCCUCAAUGAGUGAUGCUUCAGUGGGGUAUAAUAUAUUGGUUUCGUCGCUCGUUGUGUUUCAAGUGAGUGAAAGUGAGUGCCGCAGUGCAUAUUUGAACAUGAUCCAUUCUGUACUUUUCAGAUCAGUUUCGGUAAGCUUGCAAUAAAUUUUCAUCAAGCAGCAGCCUUAUCUUGACACCUUCCACUCUUUCAUAAAAUGGGGUUCCAGAUCGGUUUCUUCGAAAGUAUUAAUCAAAUUUAACGAUUUAAUUUUAAGUUUCUUUUCAAUAUUCGCAUCUUGCUCCUAUUUAACUAUCUUAAGAGCACGGUAAGAUAGCUUAACGGUAAAGCUGUCGCAACAGUGAAGGAUUGGAAGUUGCAGAUCUCAGGUUCGAAUCCAAGCGAGGCCCAUCAUAAAGCUUACUACAAGUUCGGGAACGGAUCAGGUUAGUAACCUUAUGGUCAGUAACCUUAUGGUCAGUAACGAUGAGUAAUCCGUGCACAUCAGCAUUACAUCAGUAUCUCUCUCCCUCCUAAAAAGUCUUUUAUCUUUUCCCCUUUAAUAUUUUAACGGACGAUUUCUCUUUCGUCUUAAGUCAAAAUUUAAUUUUUUUUGCACAGAUAAAUCAGAUUAAAUGUGCUCUUUAAAAUGAUAUCCACUUUGAUAUAUUUUUAGUACAAAAAUAUAAUUGAAUAAUUUUUUACCAUUAAUUACCAUAUGAUAUGCUUCUAUUUAAUACCAUAUGGUAAGAAAGCGUACCAUGAUGGUAUGAACAUAUCAAUAUGGUAAGAAGGUUGAAUACAUGAUAGUAGGAGUAUACUAAUUGUCAUUUACUACUUUCAUCAUUGUUUACUACAAGUUAUCACCCACAUACCAUAGUGGUAAAGUAUGGUAAUUUUUUGUCCAUAAUUUUUUUCACCCAGAAAUUUGUAGAUCCAAAAGAUCAUGACGAACUCGUUCCUUAUGAGCACACGUUUUCAAAAACGACUUAAAAACGAAGAAGCUACCAUAUGGUAUGUAGUUGGUAAAAAAAAGUUUUUCGAACUAGAUUGAAAUUUGAUCUCAUUUUGUAGAGCACAGCGAGCUCGUUCCAUCUGUGAAAAAAAAAUAAUAGCAGAGAGGUUAAUUUUCACCCUAUCUUAUUCCUCAUUUGUUAAUAUAGGUAUUAUUUCAUAAAAAAACAUAUAUAUAUUUGAAGCUACAUAUAUGAAACCAACUAGGCAGCUACUAGUACUAUUUGAAGGCUAAUUAAUCUAACCGCUUACCUUCGCUUAGCCUUGCAUUUGCUUAUUUUCUUGCUAGGCUUACAAGUAAAUUAAAGCCUAAAAUUAGUAAUUAAUAGCUGGGCCUGGGAUGUUUUUGGUUAUGAUGUCCAUUUCCACCAGCAAAGUUCAUUCUUUUGCUCUCUUUUUAGUCCCAUGCAUGCGCGGGUACCUACCGCACCAAACAACAACAAAAAUUUUUUUGGUGAAACCAAACAACAAAAUUUUGUUGAGUUGUCCCCGGUAUUACUUUUUUCCUGAAUUAAUCUAUUAUAUAUGUGGAGUUUUUUUCCGAUUGAAUAUUUAUCCCAUUUUUUUUUCUUCUAAAUGUGUAAUUAUUGGAAUAAUACAUAUACUGUUGAUGUGACUUGAAUCGGAUUAUCAGCCGUUAUGACUGGUAAUCGGGGGUGUAUGGGCUCAAUGUUAUUUGGGUUCGGAUUCUGGGUCUGGUCUGUAACCAUUUCCUUUGCCAGAUUGGAUUAGGUUUAGACCCACAUGGAGAAGUACUAUAAAUACUUCUCAUACUCCUCUGUAAUCUGUAAUCUCCUCAAUAUAGUGAAACUGGCUCUCUCUCGCCCGUGAACGUAGCUAACACACAUCGUGUUAGUGAACCACGUAAAUCGUGUGUCUGUGUUUUCGAUUCUCGCUCUCGUAUUCUUGCUUUAUCGAUUCCGGCGAUUUCCCGAUCCGUAGCAGCGCGUUUAUAACAUAUACUUAUAUGCAUGGCAUAAAUUUUGAAAACUAUGUAACAAUUUUACAAUGAAGAUGAAUAUGACAUGAUCUUAUGUUAUAAGGUCAGCUGGUUAUAAGCUGUUAGUGAUGCACCUGAAAUAGUUCAGAGGCUCGGAGGAUGGCUGUUCUCUUAAAUCAUUUGAGGAAUUUUAUGAACUUUGCCAACACUGUAAGGAUAACGAGAUGUGCUAAGAAUCCUAACAACUUCAUGUUUUCUUACUCCUUGGAAGGCAAAUCCAUGGAGAACUUUGUGUUUUGAUACCACGUCCGUUCGAUGGCAGCCAUAUUGAGGAGGCCAGAAGUGAAUUGGCUAAACUGUCGAUGAGAUGAAAGCACCCGUUCAAUUGGUGGAGCAAGUAUUUGCACUAAUUUGUUUUGUG